AUGCCACCUAAAAAAGAAGAGAGAAAACCGCUGGAACCCAUGUUUCAAGAAAUUCCACUAUUUUAUGAAUAUAUAGAUUAUUCAAAUGAGUAAAUGGAAUAAUUGAAUGAAUAUUUGAAUUAUUUCAAACCAGAAUUGAGUGCUAUGAUGAAGAAUAAUAUUUUUGAUAAUAUGGAAAUAUUAUGUCAAACAAUAGGAAUUGCUAGACAUCCAUCAUUUAUAUUGCCAACUUAAAUGAUUGAUUUAAAUGAUUUUGAUGAAAAUACAAAAUUUAGAAACCCUGAAGAAUUAGAUGGAGAUUAAGUACCUUAAAUGAUUUAAAUAAAUUCUGUAAUUUUGAUUAUAUAUGAUAAAAUAGAUAAAAAUAGAUCUAUUUACAUUAAGAUUAUUAGAUUAUUGUGCUGGUGUUAGUGGAUUGACAACUAUAAAAAUGUCAAAUAAUGGUUUAACAGCUAGAUAAUACUAAUAGAUAGCAGGAAUAAUUAAUAAUCCUGAAAAUAAAGUUAAAAAGUUAUUUAUUGAUUGGUAACAAAUUAAUGAAAACUUUUUAUAAUAAGUAUAAUAAAUCGAAUUUUUAACAUUAAGAUCUUGUUAAUUAAGUAUAAGUUUAUUUUUAUAAAUUAUUAGCAAAUUAACAAAUUCAAACAUUAACAUUAAAUGUCCAAAAUUUGAAAUGUUUAGAUUUGUAUGAUAAUAGAUUAUCAAAAGAAGCUUUAAAUUUAAUAGGAAAAAUGUUGGGUUAAAAUAGUUUAAUGGAAUAUUUAGGUUUAGCUAAGAAUUAAAUAUAAUCAUUUGAUGAUUUAUAAGGAAUAACAUAAAAUAUAGGGAGAUUUUAAAUGAGUCAAGAAGAAUAUGAUGAAUAUAAAACUAAAGAAAAAGAGAGAGAAGCUAUUAUUGAAAGAAAUAAGAAAGUAAAGAAAAAAGGAACUGAAGAACCUGUACCAUUUUUAGAACCAAUUCAAUAAAUAGAUAAUAAUUGGUAUCUAAUGAAGAAUUCAAGAUUAUGGUUGAUAAAUCUAUCAAUGAAUUAAAUUGAUGAUUAAUCUAGAGAUGCCAUAGAGAAAUUCUUACUAUAAACAGGAGAAAACUUCUAAUUGGUAUUGAUGGGCAAUAGAUUUGAUGAUCAGAAGGCAUUAUAGAAAACAAAAAAGAAGUUUGGAAAGAAAUUAGUAUUAUGAUUCUAUUUAUUUUAACU